AUGGAGCAAAGUGCUAACAGUUUUUACUACAGUGAUGAAAGUUUGGUGAAACACGUGCACCGAUUUGCGCCCCAUGUUCUGGACUCCUAUGGGUUUAUCACACCAAUAGUCAACUUUUUGUUCUGCCGUUUGAAGAAUAACGUAUGGGCUCAGAUUUCCUAUGAGCACAUGGAAGUCGAGAACUAUCCUUACCCAGUUCCGUCAACGACUGACGAUCCAGUGAAUCUUGAUGAUCGCUACCGGCUUAUGAUGCGCCACUUGGAGCGCCUGAACCAAAAGAUUGCGUACACAGAACCCGGCACGGAGCAACUCGUCGAGGCUUUCAUCGAACGGGCGCUACUUUCGUAUACUUUUGGCGAAGAUUGGAUAGCAAUGUUUAACCUGAAGUUGGCUAUUACGAUAGACUGUAUCCCGGUGACGCUGGUGGAUAGUGUGAAAGAACUGUAUCUGGAGGCGUACGGUCGAGCCAAAGGAAUGUUUUAUCCGUCAAUAGGAAAUCGAAUUAACCCACCGUUGUGCUACUCUGAGGCCUAUAUGGCUGAGAAUCCUCUUAGCGGACGACAUCUUCUUGCUAGACGGUCCCUUUCGAGGGGGGAGCUCGUAACCCGAGAGUGGCCAUUCGUUCGCCUGCUCACUGCGGACAAUCUCUUGCGCUGCGACUACUGUCUCGUCUACCUACCGUUCGCGCUGAUACCGUGCGGCGGCUGUUCACAAGCCCUCUACUGUACCCUCACAUGCUGCAUGCGCGCCUUCGAAGAAUAUCACGCACUCGAAUGUUCGUUCAUUGGUAUCCUGCGUUCACACUAUACCUUUCUGGAACAGCUUGGCGCUCGUCUUACCCUCCGCGCCAUUCGACUGUGCAAUGGAAGCAUGGAGCAGUUGGGCGUUUUGUCCGCGAACCGUGGAGGCUACAACUACAACGUGCCACUAGGAUUCAAUUCGGACCCACGCAUGGCUUACGGCAUGAUCAACAAUCUGUCAACCAAUCGGAAUCGCUUGAAAGCGCGCGGAUUGUUUCGCGAUGGCGCCAAAGCAAUUGGAUUGGCCAAACUUCUCGGUCCGGAAAUAGAGCGCAUCUACCAAACGAAGAACGACUACACGUUGCAGAUGGUCGUGGCCGAGCACCUCGUACAUCAUUUGCAAAUUGCGCGCGUCAACACGCUGUACCUGUGGCGCUCGGUGGAAGAUCCGGAACAAGCAACCAACUGUCGCACCAACUCGAAGCCUUUUGCGGCGGUUCUGCUGGCCAACGGGAGUCUGUUCAAUCAUUCCUGCGUUCCAAAUGUUCACUACACUCUCGAGCCAUCGACCGGGGCCAUACUUUUUGCGGCUAACAACGACAUUCCACGGAAUACGAUGCUUAACAUCAACUAUUGGUAG